CAGAGGACAAUUGAAUUGAUUGUUGCCUUAAAUAGAGACAUUUCGCGGUUGCAUAGGACAACAAUUGAUCUUUAUUGUACUGAGUACUAACCUCACAGUUUCAAGCAUGAUGAACUUGGUCACUGAGUCAGAGAUGGAAGCUGCUCAUCAGCUUAUUCAGCUCAGCGACGAAGAUAAUAGUAGCAGCAGCGACAACAACAACAACAACAUCACGACCGGGAAAAGGAGCAGAAGCUGGGAAGAUCAAGAGGUUGAUCAAGGGCUAAAAGCCAUAACUAUAGCUAUGAAGAUUCAAGAGCCAAAGAAGCAGAGGAAUUAUCGUUCUCUUAUGAAUAUAUACAUGGCGACUAGUCCUAUAUCGAUCGAUGCUUGAAACUGGACAGAGGAGAGGGCCUCACAAAUGAAUCAAAGAAAGUAGGAACACCUAGCAUAGCAAGGUAAAGAGUCCCAGAUUUUUCUUUGUGUAAAGAAUUUUAUUGUAGCUUUAUUUUUCUGUAGAGAAAUUAUGUUGCAAAUUAAGUACUAGUUAGCUACCUUGUUUUUAUCAAUAAUGUUUUGAUGAUAUAAGCACAUUCAUUUAUCUUAA